AUGCAAGUCGCAGAGAUCUUGUCAGAUAUCACCUCUCUGCGCGUGUGUGGUCACCAUGAGGCUCUAGCUUUGGUCAACGUGCACCGAACCGAUUUUGACACUCCUGUUCGUUCGGGAAGCAUAUCCGCACCAAAUGACUCGGCUGUCGCUAGCGAACCAUCACAAACCAACAAAGACCUAGAACGGGCGAAGGAGCUGGUCGAGCUUCACUACGAGGUCAAAUCACGACAUAUCGAUGGCCAGGUGGAUCCUGCACUACAGCAAGCACGCGCAGACGUCAACAAGGUCCUGAGGGAACUCUCAUAG